ACCCUCAUUAUGACAGAGCUGCGUCUGCGCAUUGAGCUGUUGGGGGGGGGAGGGGGGAGGAACAUGGCGCAAGCUCUGUCCGAGGAGGAGUUUCAACGGAUGCAGGCUCAGCUUCUGGAACUCCGAACAAACAACUACCAGCUUUCAGAUGAACUACGCAAGAAUGGUGUUGAACUCACCAGUCUUCGACAGAAGGUCGCCUACCUGGAUAAGGAGUUCAACAAAGCUCAGAAGGCACUGAGCAAGAGCAAGAAAGCUCAGGAAGUCGAGGGGCUGCUAAGUGAAAAUGAAAUGCUGCAAGCAAAGCUGCACAGCCAAGAGGAGGACUUCCGCUUGCAGAACAGCACACUUAUGGCCGAGUUCAGCAAGCUCUGCAGCCAGAUGGAACAUCUGGAGCUGGAGAACCAGCAAUUGAAGGAUGAGGCUUCCAAGGCAGGGGCUGCCCAGGCCGGGAGCGUUGUGGAUGGGGAGCUGCUGAGACUGCAGGCAGAAAAUACAGCCUUGCAGAAGAAUGUGGCAGCUCUGCAGGAGCGCUAUGGGAAAGAGGCUGGGAAGUCCACAGCUGCCAUUGAAGGCCAAGGGGACCAGCUAGAGAACCAAACCCCCACCGUCUUAUCCCCCAUGCCACUGGCAGAGGUGGAGCUGAAGUGGGAAAUGGAGAAGGAGGAGAAGAAAUUGCUCUGGGAGCAACUACAAGGCUUGGAGAGUUCAAAGCAAGCCGAAACAUCCAGGCUACAGGAAGAACUUGCUAAGCUCUCAGAGAAACUGAAAAAGAAGCAAGAAAGUUUUUGCCGUCUACAGACAGAGAAGGAGACACUAUUCAAUGAUAGCCGGAACAAGAUUGAGGAAUUACAACAGCGGAAGGAAGCUGAUCUCAAAGCUCAGUUGGCUAGAAAUCAGAAGCUGCAGCAGGAGCUCGACGCUGCCAAUCAGAGCCUGGCAGAGCUAAGAGAUCAGCGACAGGGGGAACGGCUGGAACACGCAGCAGCUCUGCGAGCCCUACAGGAUCAGGUGUCCAUCAAGAGUGCGGAUGCAAAGGAACAAGUAAAAAGACUUUUGGCUGAGAAAAGGGCCUUGAGGAUUAACCUGGCUGCCCUGGAGCAGAUCCAAACAGCAAAGACCCAAGAGCUGAAUAUGCUCCGGGAACAGACUGCUCAGGUGACAUCUGAGUUGCAGCUGCGGCAGACUGAGUAUGAGCACCUCAUGGGACAGAAAGAUGACCUCAACUCCCAGCUUCAGGAGUCAUUACGGGCCAAUAGUCGGCUGCUGGAACAACUUCAAGAAAUCAGUCAGGAGAAGGAACAAUUGACCCAGGAACUACAGGAUGCUCGGAAGAGUGCUGAGAAGAGGAAGGCCAUGCUGGAUGAGCUAGCAAUAGAGACGCUGCAGGAGAAGUCCCAGCACAAGGAAGAGCUAGGAGCUGUCCGACUUCGGCAUGAGAAGGAGGUGCUGGGGGUGCGUGCCCGUUAUGAGCGCGAGCUCCGUGAGCUGCAUGAGGACAAGAAGCGGCAGGAGGAGGAGCUCCGUGCCCAGAUCCGAGAGGAGAAGGCCCGCACUCGGGAACUGGAGAGUCUCCAGCAGACAGUGGAAGAGCUUCAAGCUCAGGUACACUCUAUGGAUGGAGCCAAGGGCUGGUUUGAACGGCGCCUGAAGGAGGCUGAGGAAUCCCUGCAGCAGCAGCAGCAGGAACAAGAGGACGCCCUGAAGCAGUGUCAGGAGCAGCACGCCAAGGAGCUGAAGAACAAGGAAGAGGAACUACAGGGUGUUCUGGAUCAGCUCCAGCAGGCCCAGGAGGAGCGUGACUCCCACCUGAAGACCAUCAGCAACCUGAAGCAGGAGGUGAAGGACACCGUGGAUGGACAGCGCAUCCUGGAGAAGAAGGGCAGUGCUGCGCUCAAGGACCUCAAGCGGCAGCUGCACCUGGAGAGGAAACGGGCGGAUAAGCUGCAGGAGCGGCUGCAGGACAUUCUCACCAACAGCAAGAACCGUUCCGGCCUCGAGGAGCUGGUUCUCUCAGAAAUGAACUCACCAAGCCGGACCCAGACUGGGGACAGCAGUAGCGUCUCCUCCUUCAGUUACCGAGAGAUCUUGCGUGAGAAGGAGAGCUCGACCAUUCCAGCCCGGUCCUUAUCCAGCAGCCCUCAGGCCCAGGCUCCGAGACCAGCAGAGCUGUCAGAUGAGGAAGUGGCUGAGCUCUUUCAGCGCCUGGCAGAAACACAGCAGGAGAAAUGGAUGCUAGAGGAGAAGGUGAAGCACCUGGAGGUGAGCAGCGCCUCUAUGGCAGAGGACCUCUGCAGGAAGAGCGCCAUCAUUGAGACCUACGUCAUGGACAGCCGGAUCGCCUGGGCCCUUGCAGAUGUGUCCGUGGCAGCAGGCCACACAGACCGCAGCGGGCUGGGCAGUGUCCUGAGAGACCUAGUGAAGCCAGGUGACGAGAACCUUCGGGAGAUGAACAAGAAGCUACAGAACAUGUUGGAGGAGCAGCUCACCAAGAAUAUGCAUCUGCAUAAGGACAUGGAAGUUCUAUCCCAGGAAAUUGUGCGGCUCAGCAAGGAGUGCGUGGGGUCUCCUGAGCCAGACCUACAACCAGGAGAAUCCAGCUAAAGACCUACAGGCUGCCUCCACUCCCACCCCUCCUCUCCUCUCCCCUCCCCCUGAACACUAUUCAUUUGGGCUAAAGUGGGGAAAUAGGGGCUGGCACCAAAAUCAAAUAGGUUGGGACACUGGACAUUAAAGGGGAUGGAGGCCUGAUGGCUGGUUGUUAGUGACCCUGUCUUAGGACAGUGGUCCCUGGGGCCUGAGGACCCCGAGGGGAGUGUCAGGGGUUCCCAGGGGGAUUUGCCUUCAUCUCUGCAUGAGUUCUCCCUCCCAGAGACCAACUGUUUUUUAUUUUAUUUUUAAUUUAUGUCUGGAAGCCUGGCUACUCUGCAUUUGGGAUUGGGGAUGUUGGGUGGGGUGUGGUCCAUGUUCAACAUUCUAGAAACGUGUGUGUGUGUGUGUGUGUGUGUGUGCACGCGCGCGUGUGCGUGCUUACGUGUGUAUGGUGUGUGUGUGUGUGUAAAGGUUGUGCAGCCAAAAUACCAUCUGGCCAGACGGGCCCAUGCACCGACUGUCUGCUCUCAUUCUUUCCAACCAGUAGGAAGGAUGUACUGGAGGGGGGGGGGGAGGGGGGAUUACACCACUAGAAUCGGGGGGAAGUCUCUGGCCACAACUUUACUCUCCUUCCCCCACCCUCACCCAGCCUGUCUCCAGUUACUGUGGACUAGCCCCUCAAACUGAAUGGAACAGAAAUAUCUGCAGAUAUAUAUGUGAA